ACCAAAGCUAAACUCCCAGCUUUACACAGAGGCAAUACGUAAGCCUCAGAACAACAAGACGCACACAGCCCCAGAGGCACAGGAAAGCAGCUCGCACACAGCCCCAGAGGCACAGGGAAGCAGCUCACCUACUCCGGCCUUUUCCAUGGAGUACCUUUCAGCCUUGAACCCCAACGGCCUGCUGAGGUCAGUUUCCACUAUGGGCUCUGAGCUUGGCCGUAGGGUCUGGAACUCAGCCCCACCACCUCAGCGACCUUUCCGCAUCUGUGAUCACAAGCGGACAGUCCGGAAGGGACUGACAGCUGCCACCCGCCAGGAGCUGCUAGAUAAGGCUCUGGAGGCCCUGCUGCUUAGCGGAGUGCUGACCCUGGUGCUGGAGGAGGACGGGACUGCCGUGGAGAGUGAGGACUUCUUCCGGAUGCUGGAGGAUGACUCGUGUUUGAUGGUGCUAGAGCUGGGACAGAGCUGGAGCCCCAGGAGUGGGAUGUUGUCAUACGGCAUAGGACGGGAGAAGCCAAAACACAGUCAGGACAUUGCCCGCAUCACCUUUGAUGUGUACAAGCAAAAUCCUCGAGACCUCUUCGGCAGCCUGAACGUCAAAGCUACAUUCUAUGGGCUCUACUCCAUGAGCUGUGACUUUCAAGGAGUUGGACCCAAAAAAGUACUCAGGGAGCUCCUCCGAUGGACUUCCUCACUGCUGCAAGGCCUGGGUCAUAUGCUGCUGGGAAUUUCAUCUACCCUGCGCCACCUGGUGGAGGGGGCUGAGCGGUGGCAGUGGCACAAGCAGAAUCACCUCCACUCGUAAUGAAGAAGGCUUUGAGCAUGCGCCCUGAGACUGAUUCCAAGAGACACGAGAGCUGUAAGGCGUCUGCAGUGUUUGACUCCCUCAGAACGGAACCCACAGCAUGCUGCCUUGGUUCUCUAGUCUGCACAUUUCCUGAGGAUGCUGCCUAUCUUACCUACAUCUCCUGCCUUCUACUUAACCUGCAGAACCACAACCUUGUCCGAUGGCAUCCUGAUCUCACCAUAACUGCUGCUACAUCUAGAUUCUUACUGACUCCUAUCCCAAAGAUCCCCCAUACCAAUGACAACUGUCCCUAGCUUUACCUUGAGAUAACUUACCCCUAAAAAAUAAAAACAUCCCCCCACAAAA